UCCUCGCGGCAUCGCGGGAGGCGAUGGCGGCACUCGCUGGCACUUCCUCGGCAUCUCUCACCACCACCACCUCCACCUCAUCUCACCACCGCCACCACCACCACCUCAUCAUCAUCAUCCUCAUUGUCACAGCCCUGACGCUUUCUCCUCUGUCACAGUCCCUGGCCCCACCACCACAACCACAACCCCCACCAUCACCACCACCACCACCCCCGUCAUCAUCUCGCUGCGUCGACGCCGCCACGCGUGUCCCCAGGAGGUGUCAGCCCGACUUCGAGAACGCCGCCUACGGCCGCGAGGUCAUCGCCUCGGCCACGUGCGGUGUCUCCAGGCCCGAGGAGUUCUGUCCGCAGCCAGGCAGCCCUUCGCUGCUGCUGCUGCUGCGGCGGCGUCAGCAGCAGCAGCAGGAUCAGCAGCAGCAGCAGGAUCAGCAGCAGGAUCAGCAGCAGCAUCAGCAGCAGCAGGAGGAGCAUCAGCAGCAUCAGCAUCAGGGUGGUCAGCGCAGCGAUGAAGUCGCGAGAAGACGCUUGCAGUGUCAGGUGUGUGACGCCCGCGUGCCCGAGCUGAGCCACGGAGCGGAGUUGAUGACGGACUUGGGUGGCGAGGGUGGUGAGGGUGGCGAGGGUGGCGAGGGGGGUGAGGGGGGUGACACGUGGUGGCAGAGCCCCACGAUGCUGCACGGCACCGGGCAGGAGGGGCACCCCACCACGCUCACCCUGCAGCUGGGCAAGGCGUUCGAGUUGAGCUACGUGCGACUCCGCUUCGUCUCCAGCCGCCCCGAGAGCGUCGCGUUGUUCAAGCGGCCGCACGUCGCCAGCGUCGCCUGGCAGCCGCUCCACUACUUCAGCGCCAGCUGCGCCGCCACCUACGGCAUCAAGCCGGCCACCGCCACCGCCGGCUACGACGAGGAGGAGGAGGACGAGGAGGUGCCGUCGGCGUUGUGCACCGACCAGGACAGCGACAUCUCGCCGCUGACGGGCGCCAGCGUCGCGUUCAGCACGCUGGAGGGGCGGCGCGGAGCGCAACGCUUCGACCGCAGCCCUGCACUGCAGGAGUGGGUGACGGUGACGGAGCUGCGUGUGUCCCUCGACCGACUCAACACGUUUGGGGACGAGCUCUUUGGAGACCCCUCGGUGCUGCGCUCCUACUACUACGCAGUGUCUCAGCUCGACGUGGGGGCCCGCUGCAAGUGUAACGGUCACGGCGACUCGUGCGUGUGGCGUGACCGCCGCCUGGUGUGCAGCUGCCACCACCACACGGAGGGCGACGACUGCGAGCGCUGCGCCCCCACGCACCACGGCCGCCCCUGGGCACGCGCCACGGCAAGCAACGCACACGAGUGCCUGCCGUGCGAGUGCCAGGGCCUGGCCGCCCGCUGCGAGUUCGACCCGGAGCUGUUUGCCCGCACCGGGCACGGGGGCCGCUGCAUGGGCUGCGUGGGCAACACGGCGGGCGCCCGCUGUGAGCUGUGUGCCCCGCGGCAUCACCGGGCACCGCGCUCGCAGGGGCCCUGCAGGCCCUGCCGGUGUCACCCGCUCGGUGCGCCGACUCGCUAACACCGACGCUACCGACGCCGCCCUACCGCACCACCCCCACGCUACCA